AUGCACCCAGCAAUUUUGCUCAUGUCGUGUAUUUGUCUAGGUGCAACAAGUGAGUGGAUGUACGCAGCGGCAGGACUACAUGAAAGGACUAUGUUUUACGUGUUGCUCGAUUCACCUGACUACAUCUAUGAACUGGAUGUUAGAAAGGUACUACUGCUGCGAGAGCGGGUCGAUAAAACUGACUGGUGCCCGAAAUGCAAGAAGAAAGAUCAAAAGGGGCCGUUUUUGAUUUCUCUUGAAGGAUGUGCCCUGUACUUGGAAUGCUGUGAUGAUUUGUGUACAACUAAAUGGUAUUCGGCAAUUCAAGAGGCGCUUGCAAUGGAACCAACAGUGCUUGAAGAUUUCCGGUUAACAGCAGAUAAUAUACCCAUUCUGGUCGACAAAUGCAUUCGAUUUGUUGCUGCGUAUGGUAUUCGAUCCGAAGGCAUUUACCGAAGAAAUGGAAAAAUUUCUGAAGCCAAGGAUAUUUACAAGAAGCUCACGGAAGAUCCUGUCAAAACGCACAUUGCCUCAUCUGGUGAAGAGACCGUCUAUGCGGUCGCUGAUGUACUACGGCAGUUUUUCCGGCGGCUGAAAUCGCCACUGUUCCCGCCUACGCUUCACAAACAAAUUUUCAACUUGGUUGAAACCCGCACGACAGCUGACAAUGCGAUCCGCUAUCAAGAAUAUCGCCAUAUUCUGCAACAAAUGCCAUUGGUCCAUUACCACACGCUGAGGAAACUAAUUGCGCACCUUAGUGAAGUAGUUAAAUACCAGGAUGUGUUUGGACCGUCACUUUUCGAGAUAAAUGGUGAUGAAAGCAAGCAUUAUGAGGAUACAGCUGGACAGAUUGGUGCAAUAAUCGACUUGAUAAAUGGAUAUGAUGUGAUUUUUGAGGUUACAAGUCGUGAAGAAAUCUGUCGUGCUAUGGUUGAGCAGGCGCAGAAGAACAAGGCCACGAAUCCGAAUGUAGCUCGUGCCGAUGGACUUCUGGUUCCAAUUCACGUAUGGGAACGAGAAAAUAGACCGUUCAAUGUAAAAAUAGAUCUUGCUGCUGAGGAAGUGUGCCGCAAAGCGGUUGCUCGUAGAGGAUUCGAUGCACCACAGGAUGGAAACUAUGCCAUUUUUGAGGUUAUUCUCGGUGGAACUUUGUCACGUCGACUGCUUCCUUUUGAAAAAUUGUCCGUCUCCGUGCUUGAUCACUGGAUACCAUGGCAGUGCACCGAUGGGUACCUUCUGUUCGACCAUGACAACUGGCCUUAUGAUGUCAAUGAAGUUGAUUUCUAUUCCGGUAAAGUCAAAAUAGCAGAGCCUGGAUCGAAGACGUUUCAUUCAUAUGAAGUCUCUGUGGAGGAUGGUGUGAAGAUUGUUGCUUACAAGCACGAGAAGUUGUGGAAGGAAUGGAUGGUAGCGGACACUGUCUUUUAUUCCGGUUCUAGCCCAAACAGAAGAAGGCACCUAAUGCACAUAAUGUGA